AUGAGCUUGUCCUUCCUCCUCCUCUUCCUCAGCCACCUGAUCCUCAGCGCCUGGGCUCAAGGGGAGAAGCGCCUCGCCCCCAAAGGGCAACUCGGACCGGCUGCGACCGAUAAGAUCCCCGGAGGCUCCAGCAGCCACCCGAACAGCAGUAGCGCGACGUCUUCCUCCGCCUCCUCCCCCGCGACCUCCCCGGGCAGCCAAGGCAGCGGCUCGGAGCAGAGCAGUUUCCAGUGGACGCCCUCCGGACGCCGGACCGGCAGCCUCUACUGCAGAGUGGGCAUCGGUUUCCAUCUGCAGAUCUACCCGGAUGGCAAAGUCAAUGGCUCCCACGAAGCCAAUAUGUUAAGUAUUUUGGAAAUAUUUGCUGUGUCUCAGGGGAUUGUAGGAAUACGAGGAGUUUUCAGCAACAAAUUUUUAGCGAUGUCAAAAAAAGGAAAACUCCAUGCAAGUGCCAAAUUUACAGAUGACUGCAAGUUCAGGGAGCGAUUUCAAGAAAACAGCUAUAACACCUAUGCCUCAGCAAUACAUAGAACUGAAAACACGGGACGUGAGUGGUACGUGGCCCUCAACAAGAGAGGGAAAGCGAAGCGAGGCUGCAGCCCCAGGGUGAAACCCCAGCACAUCUCUACCCACUUCCUGCCAAGAUUCAAGCAGUCUGAGCAGCCAGAACUCUCUUUCACAGUUACUGUUCCUGAGAAGAAGAAGCCACCUAAUCCUGUCAAGCCAAAGGUCCCGACCCUUUCUGCACCCCGGAAAAGUCCCAACACAGUGAAAUACAGACUCAAGUUUCGUUUUGGAUAAUGUUCAUCUUGGCCUUGUGAGAAGCCACAGGCCCGCCUCAGGAGUUUCCACAGGUG